AGAGGAGGAGGAGGGGGGGUAAACAUCACCACCCACCCACCCCACCCCCCCCUCCCCUCCAACUCACAUAACGACCAGCGAUGUUGGAGAGCCCUCGGGAAGCCGGGGCAGGCGGACACGAGCCUCGAGCACGAUGAUGUAUUGUACAAUGAGCUCUGAGACAAUGUCAACGCAACCCUGUUACUGACAGUUUGAUUCCAGAGGAAUCUCUCCAUUUUUCACCGCCACAAUGCCUGUGCAGGCUCCACAAUGGACAGACUUCCUCUCCUGCCCAAUCUGCUGCCAGACAUUCGAUGAGAACAUACGCAAGCCCAUCAGCUUAGGCUGUGGACACACAGUCUGUAAGAUGUGUCUCAACAAACUUCAUCGCAAAGCCUGUCCUUUUGACCAAACCACUAUCAACACAGAUAUAGAUAUGUUACCUGUGAACUCUGCACUGUUACAACUGGUGGGAGCCCAGAUUCCAGAGCCACAGUCUGUCACCUUGUGUACAGGAGCAGAAAAUACCAAACACUAUGAAGAGGCAAAGAAAUGUGUGGAGGAAUUGGCACUGUACCUCAAACCACUCAGCAGUACCAGAGGUGUGGUGCUCAGCAGUGCUGCACAGAGCGUGCUGAGCAGGCCCAUGCAGAGGAAGCUGGUUACACUGGUCCACUGUCAGCUAGUGGAAGAGGAAGGUCGGAUCCGGGCAAUGAGAGCUGCUCGUUCGCUGGGGGAACGCACAGUCACUGAGCUCAUCCUUCAGCAUCAAAACCCACAGCAACUCUCAUCCAAUCUCUGGGCAGCUGUCCGAGCCCGGGGCUGUCAGUUUCUUGGACCAGCUAUGCAGGAAGAAGCCCUCAAACUGGUCCUGCUUGCACUGGAAGAUGGCUCUGCACUCUCUAGAAAGGUCUUGGUGUUGUUUGUUGUCCAGAGGUUGGAGCCUCGAUUUCCUCAAGCCUCAAAGACCAGCAUUGGACACGUGGUGCAGCUGCUGUACAGAGCCUCCUGUUUCAAAGUCACAAAGCGAGAUGAAGAUUCCUCUCUGAUGCAACUGAAAGAGGAGUUUCGGACAUAUGAAGCACUACGGCGGGAGCAUGACUCUCAGAUUGUGCAGAUCGCCAUGGAAGCUGGCCUUCGCAUUGCUCCUGACCAGUGGUCUUCCCUCCUUUAUGGAGACCUGUCACACAAAUCUCACAUGCAGUCCAUUAUUGACAAGCUGCAGACGCCUGCCUCCUUCGCACAGAGUGUUCAGGAGCUGACAAUUGCCCUUCAACGAACUGGAGACCCCGCCAAUCUGAACCGGCUUCGUCCACACCUCGAGUUACUGGCCAACAUUGACCCCAGUCCAGAUGCCCCUCCUCCAACAUGGGAGCAGCUGGAAUGUGGCCUGGUGGCAGUAAAGACUGUAGUGCAUGGCCUGGUGGAUUUUAUACAGAACCACAGCAAGAAAGGCACUGACCAACAACAGUCAGCACAGAGCAGCAAAUACAAAACGAGCAUGUGCCGGGACCUGAGACAGCGGGGAGGCUGUCCUCGAGGAGCCAGCUGCACCUUCGCCCAUUCCCAGGAUGAACUUGAAAAGUUUCGCAUGCGGAACAAGAGGUUAGCAGCCGGUCGGCCCCUCAGCCAGUCCCUAACCCAGCUCAGCAAGGUCGGAGGGGUGCUGUCAGUCACGUCCAACACUUUAUCAGACGAGGGUUCCUUGGAAACUGGCACGAAGCCUGUGUCCAUUCAGAACGGCAUGGUGGCAGCGAGCAGCAGCAUUGCACAGCUGAUCUCCCGUGGCACCGACUGUGCCUACGACCUCACCAUGAAGUCUGGCAAGAUGAGUGACAUGAGCAUGAGUGCACCGGGAUCGGUGUCGGGGUCGCCACCUGACUCGAUGGAAAUGUCCCAGAAGAAUACUCUUGGUGCCUUGCCCAUCAAUACCCUGUCUGUGCCACCCCGGAUCAGUGCAGAGAUGCCACCCAUGCCAGUCUCCAAGCCAAUUCAGAUGGUACCGCGGGGUUCGCAAAUGUACCCACCUGCUCAGCAACCGGACGUAUACUACCAGGACCCGCGGAGCUCUGCAACUUCGUAUGAGGCUGCGCAGUAUCCACCAAACCUUUACUAUCCUCACCAUUCUUCAGGAACUGUGACUCCAUACCUGCCACCAUAUCGACGGACAAGCAACGUGCCAGAACCUCCAAUGCCCCCUUCCACCCUCCAGUACCAGGACCAUUACCCAGCCUACAUUUCAGAGAGGAUGGGAAGCUCUCAGUACUCCAGCCCUCAACAGUACCCACUGGCACAGCCAGUGUCGGGAAUGUACCCGGCACAUUACGAUGGGCGACGAGUGUAUCAUCCUCCACAGUCCUACACGAGGGAGGAAAUGCGAAGCAGCCCUAUACCAGUCGAUGUGCCAUCUGCUGUCACCAACUAUAUCACAGAGCCCAGGGACCGCUAUGCCCCUGAAAACUACUACACUGUGAGUCCUCACCCCAACCAGAUCAGACCACCAUACAGGGAUCCUCAUGUCAGGGUGCCACAGCACCAGCCUCAACCUCAGCCAAGCCUGGACUAUCUUCACCGGCGCAGGAAAGAGUUAAUGGCCCAGCUGGAGGAGAGGAAGACCAUUUCCCCACCUCCCUUCCCCCCGACCGCAGCAAUGCCAUCUUCCUUUGUCGAUGUUUCACCAGAGUAUUCCGAAGAGGACCUGAAAGCAGUCAAGAAGUACAAGGAUCAUGAAUAUACUGCUCAGUACUCACCCUGGUCUUGCGAUACUAUUGGUUCCUACAUAGGCAGCCAAAAUGCACAACCUAAAGACGUUAUGCCUUCCAGUGGAAUGGAGAUGAACAACGUUGACAGUAAAGGCCUGAGGGAGCAGCUGAUGAAUCUGGACCUUCAGAGGAGAACAGCCGAGAGCAAGGAGGAGGAUCCCAUCAUACCCUUUGGAGAGUUGCCAACUGUUUCCAAAUUCGGUGCUAUUUCUCGCACCUCUAAAACCAGCUAUCAGACCACAGGGCCGGUGCAGGCUGUGGCCUCUCAAGGCAUUGCCACGAAGCCCAUCAGUGUUUCAGAUUACAAUCCAUAUGGAAGCCACAAUAGUUGGGCAAGCUCGUCAGUCUCUUACUCGUCACACCAAACCAUGCCUACUCAGGGACAUUUCAUUGACAGAGAGAGACUGAACAUUCAAGAAGUGUCUGGAAAACACACUGUGGCUCAAAUGCCUCCAACAGAUAGGGAGCAACUGAGGCUGGAGUUGCAGCAAGUGAACCAGCAGAUCAGCCAGCAGAACCAGCUCCGAGGAAUGGAGCCUGCUAAUAGCCCAGUGCUGUUGCAGCGAGAGGUCUCCAGCCAGCCACCUCCACAGCACACUUCAUGGCCCAGCCUGAUGUCCAGUGAGCAGCUGAGCUUGGAGCUGCAUCAGGUCGAGAGGGAGAUUGGCAAGCGAAAGCAUGAGCUGGAAACGGAAAGUCGUCCCUCGCUUGAUAUCCAGUAUAAACUGGCACCUAACAAUCAGACUGAGAAUGGGCAGUCUGAGCAGCAGCAUAAGGCCCCUGAGGACCUGCAGCCUUCCCUCAGUGAGGGAUCAAAGGUCGGGGCCGCCAGCUUUAUGACAGAAAGCUCUAUCAACACUCUAACCAGCAAGAGCAACUCUCUCAACCUGGCCGCUGACACUGAGGGAGCGGGGGACCGCUGCGACAACAAGCAGAAUGGGAUUUAAACGAGUAAGCUGGU